AACCAUAGAUACUACAAUAAGAAAAAGAAGAGAAAUAUGUACGAAUACGAAAGUAAUUUAGAAAACGAAAAACGAUUUCACCGCAUUCUAUUUCAUUUAAAAUAGUAUUUAGUUUCAUAUUAUUAAGGACCCUAAACAAAAAAGACUAAUUUCGCAUCCUCGUUAGUUGAUAUAUAUAACGUAAUGUUCCCUACUCUAACCUAUAAAAUGUUAAUAGGCCUUUAAAAUGGUUACAAUUAGAUAAUUUUUAAAAAACAUAAUUUGAUAUUUUAUAACUACCAACACCCUGAAUAGAAAAUGAUGAGCAAGUCACCUAAACAUGUUUAUUCUUUAAAACAUUUUAUCUUAAAAGGAGAGGUAAAAAAUCUGUACCGGCAGUUUUUGAAAACAGCUAGACAAGUACCUGAUAAGAAUUACAGGGAUGAGCUAAAGAAAUGGAUACAGACAGACUUCAGAAACAAUGCUAACACAACUGACGAAUAUGCCAUUAAGAUGUUGAUUCAAAAUGGAAAAAAAUCAUUACAGCAACUUAAAAUUUCUUUAAAUUUAGCAAAGUAACAUUUUAUAAAAAUUAUUGG